AUGGCCACAGAAGUCCCUGCAAACAGAGCCCCCGCUGAUCACAGCUCUGUUGUCCUCAGUGCAGCUGAUAGCUACAUCUGGGAACCAAACUCUCGAAACAUGCAUGUCAUAAGGCCUAAGUCUGCCAAGGGACGAACUCGGCCAAGCUUGCAUAGGCCUCCCAGUUCAGGACCUAGCACUCAUGACUCCCCACCUCCUCCACCCUCAGCCAUUCCCUCUGAGCCGACAUUGAACAAUCAGAAGCCCAGAACCUGUACCCCCAAAUCUUUGCCUCAGGGAACUUCUGAUGAGAUCCCUGAGCUGCUGCAGCAGGUACCUCUUGGGACUUCCUCCUCCCUCAAUCGGUACCCAGUUCUUCCGUCCAUCAACAGGAGGAUCCCAGAGGAGAGGCAGGUGGAAAUCAUAGCAAAAAAGGCCGGAUUGCUGCAACUGGACAGCCUGCAGGCUGACUACCAUAAGGCUGGCACUGUGAAAACAAGUGAAGAAGACCCUGGGGCUCAAGGAAAUUAUUCCCUGGGAAGGAAAUCUGAUCCCCAAUCCCAGAAACAGAUUGGGGAUCUGGAGGAACCCUCAGAUUGUGAGCCGAGACUGCUUCUCGCCAUCCGAUCACCAUCUGGCCGAAGAUUUGUCCGACACUUCCGGCCCACUGAUAACUUGCAGACGGUGCUGGCUGUGGCCGAACACAGGAAUCAAACUACCUACCAACAUUGCAGCUUUGUGACCCUAGAGAUGCCCAGGAAGUGCUUCUCAGACCUCACCAAGUCCCUGCAAGAGUGCAGAAUCCUCCACAAGUCGGUGUUGAGCAUCUCACAGCAGCACAGGGAGGGGCGACCCUGA